GUCCCCAACCUCCACAGCCUUCCUCUUCCCCUCUCUUCUCCCCUCCUCUCACCCGAGCACGCCAACGCACACUCAAGUCUCCAAUGGCCAACGAGCACUUCUUCCCCGGCGAGUACCUUUCCUCCGGUCUGGCCGCGCCGUUCCUUGGCGCAUCUUACGUGCAGCCGCCCCGUUCAGGGUUCGAAGCCGCCGCGGCUAUGGCCUUCGGGCUGCCGUGGGUGGACCAGCAUCUUCCAGUAGACUCCUCAGCCACCACGGCACACUUUGACUCCGCGCUCAGUUCUCUGGUCUCUUCUCCUGCCAGCGCCACCGCCGGCGGAGGCUUAGGCUUCGCGCACGGCGGCGAGGAUGACGUCGCCAUCGGCGACCUGAUCGGCCGGCUCGGCAGCAUCUGCAACGGCGCCAGCGCCAACAACUCCUGCUACAGCACGCCUAUCAGCUCCCCUCCACGCGGGGCGCCGCAGGCGUUCCGGGGCUACGGCGCCAUCGCUGCGCUGGAGACAGGCAGGCUAUCCCGGGUGUCAAGCAGCAAGUCGCUCGUUGGCAACACCUCCGGCGUUGCCGCGACGGCGCCAUUGGAUCAGAACGCCCAACUGGAGAUGAGCCCCGAGACGGACAGCCAGCCCGCAAUGCAGGAGCCGCCCACGAAAAAGGGCGCCGCCGGUUCCGCGCGGAAGCGCAAGGCGGCCCCGGCGAAGGGCAAGGCGAAGGCUUCUUUACCCGCAGUACAGCCCAGUUGCUCCAUGGCGGCAAUGAAUACGAGCCCGCCGAAGCGGCCGAGGGUCGCCGACGGCGGCGACGAGGAAAACGCCGGGGCGGUGGAGGAGGAGAAGGCGGAGCCGGCCAAGGACUACAUCCAUGUGAGGGCGAGGAGGGGGCAGGCAACCGAUAGUCACAGCCUCGCCGAGAGGGUGAGGAGGGAGAAGAUCGGUGAGAGGAUGAAGCUGCUGCAGUCCCUGGUGCCAAGCUGCAACAAGAUCACCGGCAAGGCACUCAUGCUCGACGAGAUCAUCAACUACGUCCAGUCGCUGCAGCGUCAGGUCGAGUUUCUAUCCAUGAAAUUGUCGACCAUGAAUCCUCAGUUGGAGCUCGACGAGCAGUACAUCCCGUCCAAAGAGAUGAACCAGAUGGCAGUGCCCGGCUUCUCCUACGCCGGUUCACCCGUCGCCGUCGCGGCCGGCCACGGCCACGGGGCAGAGGUAGAAGGCACCUUCAGCUGGGAGCAAGACCUCCAGAGAGUGGUGCAGAUGGGGGGAGCCAGCAGCAGCCAUAGCCAGCAACCCCAAGCUUUCUAUGGCGAGUGAAAAUACCAGAUCACCUUUCCUUGGUCUCUUCAUGUCCUGAAAACGGCCGGUUCUGGAUUCUGUGCUGAGGUUGCCCUGUUUGGCCCGUUCCAUGUCAUUGAAUGCAGGCAGUGGCCAGCCGGCGACGACAGUAAACCACAUGAAGGUUGAACCAUAAAUGUGCCUGCCCCUGCCUUCUGUACAUACGCCAGCCGCUCCGCCCUUUUUUCUCUUCUCCCUGCACAGCAGCUCAGAAACUACAACAAUCAUUACCACAUGACAAACGAGAAACCAGCAGGUUUCAGGCUUUGGGGUGCAGAUGCAGUGGCAUGGCAGGGUAUGAAUUUGGGUGUAAUAUGUGUGUUGAAAAAGGGCAAAGAGGGGCCAGGGAUUGUGUGAUGAACUCCUGCUUGCAUGCCCUGACUGUAGAAAGCAUGUAGUGCUAGUUUCUCAACUCGGAAAGCAUGAGAAUUCAGAGAAGAAACAAAGUUACCUUCCCUUUGGGUGUUCAAAUUAUCUCCUAGAUCAACUAUGUCUUUGAUCUUGUUUCUGUUU